AAUCAAAUACCGUCAAAUGUCUAGAUCCUCCUUCACCCUUCAAAUCUCUACUGGAGACCUUAUCAUACACUCUGGGCCGCAGAUACACAGAAAAAUCCAGGAACCAUAACGCGGGUUCGCUAGCUUGCCAGUGUCACUACACGCACCAUUGUUUCCCUUUUCCUUUCCGAGCUUCCUUUCUGCAAUGAGGUUAGUUUUAGCUCUGUUAUUCGUUUCAGCCUUCUUGCUUUCGCUGUCGGCCACCGAGUCUGACUCGGCGGUGGAGAUGAAUGCGACAACCGAGUCGAACGGGACUCGUUCGAGAUCCAGAGAGGACAGCUUCGCUGACAUGAUUGAUCGGGCUUUGGAGAAGGAGUUCAACGAGACCGACCAGAAUGAAUCCACUGAUCCUGGUAGCUUCAAUAACAGUGUUGCCGGACAGCAGGCAAUUUUGGAAACUGUUGCUAGAGUUAAGUCAAAGAAAAAUGACACCAAGGAGGAGAAGUCUUUUCAGUUUCAUGAUGUUUUCAAUUUGGACAAUGAGAAUCGAGCAGAGGAUAUGCCAACGUUGAUUGAUAGAAAGGACAAUGUCUUUAUCAUAUCAAAUCCAAAAUCCAAGUACCCUGUGUUGCAAUUAGAUUUAAGAUUGAUAUCAGAUCUGGUAGUUGUCAUUGUAUCAGCAACUUGUGGUGGUAUUGCUUUUGCUUGUGCUGGACAACCGGUUAUUACUGGAUAUCUGCUAGCAGGAUCUAUUAUUGGGCCUGGGGGCUUGAGCUUUGUCAGUGAAAUGGUGCAAGUUGAAACAGUGGCUCAGUUUGGUGUGAUAUUUCUUCUAUUUGCAUUGGGCCUGGAAUUCUCCACAACAAAGGUCUGCGUUUUCCAUCCUGUUUCCAUCUCCUAUUAUUAUUAUUAUUAUUUUAAAUCAACAAACUUAAGCUGUGGAAAGUACUUGCUUUUCAAACUGCAGCUUCGUGUUGUUCGAGCUGUUGCUAUUCUGGGUGGUCUUCUCCAGAUUUUCCUGUUUAUGUGCUUGUGUGGAAUAACAGUCUCAUUAUGCGGUGGUAAAUCAUCAGAUGGAGUGUUUGUCGGUGCUUUCCUCUCUAUGUCAUCGACUGCAGUGGUUUUGAAAUUUUUGAUGGAGAAAAAUAGUAUUAAUUCCCUUCAUGGUCAAGUCACUAUUGGCACCCUUAUCUUGCAGGAUUGUGCAGUUGGUCUGCUGUUUGCUUUACUUCCUGUUCUUGGUGGCUCUUCUGGUAUUCUUCAAGGAGUCAUGUCUAUGACUAAAUCGUUGAUGCUGCUUGUAAUAUUUUUGGCUAUCUUGACAAUACUGUCUCGUACUUGUGUGCCAUGGUUUCUGAAGCUUAUGAUAAGCCUAUCAUCAGAGACUAAUGAACUCUAUCAAUUGGCAUCAGUGGCAUUCUGCUUACUUGUUGCUUGGUGUAGUGAUAAGUUAGGUCUGAGCCUUGAACUUGGGUCUUUUGCUGCUGGAGUUAUGAUAUCAACAACUGAUCUUGCUCAACAUACACUUGAACAAGUUGAACCUAUUCGCAACUUCUUUGCGGCUCUCUUUCUUGCCAGCAUUGGGAUGCUAAUACACGUUCAUUUCCUAUGGAAUCACGUUGAUAUUUUACUGGCAGCUGUAUUAUUAGUGAUUAUCAUAAAAACUGCUGUGGUUGCAACUGUUGUCAAGGCAUUUCGAUACAACAACAAAACUUCACUUCUUGUUGGAAUGUCUCUGGCGCAAAUUGGUGAAUUUGCUUUUGUGCUCUUAAGUCGUGCUUCUAAUCUUCAUCUAGUUGAGGGUAAAUUGUAUUUACUGCUUCUUGGAACAACAGCUUUGAGUUUGGUGACUACGCCGUUGCUUUUCAAGUUGAUUCCUGGUGUCAUACAUCUUGGGGUACUAUUGCGGUGGUUCCCCCCUGAUAGUCCAUUAGAGAUUGGGUAUAAAGGAGAUAGCUUUCGGGCAGACAGUGCUAAGCGUAUUGCUUUAAUGGUCCAAGGCUCUCAUGAUUCAUGAUAUUAACUAGAACAUGAAUCAUGAAAAUUUCAGCAUUUACCUGAUGGGCUUCUUAUAUACUCUGGAGGACAGGUGCUUAAGAGUGCAAAGGAAGUUGACUGAGUGAACAAUUAUUUUCCCAUUGCAAGGCUCUUCUUGUUGCCAAAAGUUAACAUGAAUUCUAACCAGUGUGAGCAGAUGAUCAUGCCCAAUUGAGAUCAAGAAAUCAAGAGCUCUGUAGAUACGCUUCAUAUGCCAACAUACUCCUAAUUUCUUUCAGGUCAUCUCCCUUCUCUCCAGGAUGUCCUUUUUUGUGUAAAAUAUCCAUUUUUGUAAUAUGAUUUAGUUCUGUUCUGUUCUUUUUUUUUUUAAUAAUUAGUUGAUUUUCUUAGUUUUUCCAUUUUGAUUUUUCCCUUAUUGGCAAGUAAAAGUCCAAGGCAUUUAUUGAACUUUGGGACUUGCGAGUUCUCAACUUCUCUUCCAUAUAGUGAUAACCACACCAUAUAAACAGGAUUUUAUUUCACUUGACAUUUGUUUAUGGUAUAUAGCAAUAUAUUGCGUUGAUUUGG